CCAUUCGUUUUUAUCAUUUCCGGAAACACCGGAUGUACGUCAUUACAUGAUUGAGUACAUUGUUUUUACUUGGGGAUCUCGAUUGUCACGUUAGCUGUUACAGUAAGUAGACCAUGAGUCUGCCAGCAGCUCCACCCAGCUAUGCUGAAGCUACAGCAGGAGAUAAAGAACAAGGAACUGGUAGCUUCAAUUACGCCUCCCAGCCGCCCCCAAUGCCACCCCCAACCAUGCCCAUGCACCCCAGCUGGGCUUAUGUGCAUCCCGGCCCCAGUCCGGGAUAUUCCAAUGCGUAUGCUGCAGACAUGUCCUCCUCACCCUUCUCUGACCCGAGCUCCAGCAGCAGCUUCGACGGCCUCAGUGGAAGCAACUGGGAGGACAAGACUGUCCGCCGCAUGUUCAUCAGGAAGGUCUUCUGUAUCCUCAUGGUUCAGCUCAUGGUCACAUUUGGUGUGGUGUCACUCUUCACAUUUUGCGAGCCAGUCCGGAAGUUUGUACAGUACAAUCGAGUUUUCUAUCUGACCUCAUACAUGACUUUUAUGGGAACAUACCUGAUGCUUGUAUGCAGCACAAAUGCACGACGAAGAUACCCUACCAAUAUGAUCCUUCUAGCCAUUUUUACUUUGGCAAUGUCCUAUAUGGCAGGCAUGCUUGCCAGCUACCAUAAUACCAAAGUGGUGAUGAUGUGUGUGGGCAUCACAGCACUGGUGUGUCUGGCCAUCACGCUCUUCUGUUUCCAGUCCAGGGUUGACUUCACCACCUGUCAUGGAUUACUUUUCUCCCUCAUGAUGGUGCUGAUGGUCACCGGGCUUCUGCUGUUCUUCACUGCACCAUUUGGAUAUAUUCCCUGGUUGCAUACUGCUUAUGCUGGAUUUGGUGCUCUGGUUUUCACUCUGUUCCUGGCGUUUGACAUGCAGCUGCUGAUCGGCAACAGGCGGUACUCUCUGAACCCAGAGGAGCAUGUGUUCGGAGCCAUCUGCCUCUACAUGGAUGUGGUUUACAUAUUCCUCUUUUUCCUUCAGCUCUUUGGGAGCCGUGAGUGAGGUGUUCAUGCUGUGUCCAGGCUUUAGCCUUUGUCCAUUUGUUACACAGAUACACACACACACACACGCACAUACACACACCCACACCCUUCUCAGUUACUCCAAGGUUUGGUGAGGAGUGAACAGUCUUCCUUCAUUCUGUGUGGCAGUUGAAGUUUGAUGUGUGCUGUUGUUUUUCUUCUGGUCAUGGUUAGGGCAGCUCUUUGCACACCUCGUAUGCACCCUCGCUGCAAGAUAACCAUGCUACCAAUCAGAUAUACACAUGCUGUUCAUGGUAGACAAUCACUGCACAUCAUUUUUGUGUUUUCAGUUCAAGUGAUUUGAAAAACCCUAGGUCAUCUGCAUUGAAUAAUGUUUAGAAUUCCAUCACACAAUAAUGAGAAAAAAAAUCAGUGUGUGAUUUAGUGGGGAAUAUAGGGACACUACUAACUUGUCAAUGGAUAUUAUCCCUCCGUUUGCACGUUGUAUAGUUGAAAUUAAUCUUAAAACUGACAGGCAAUCACUAAAUGUAUAAUAGUACUUUUAACUUAAGUUUCAAUCAGUCCACAACAUUGUGCAGUGAAAUUAUACCAGAGCUGGAGAGGCCUGUAUGUGACACUUUGAAUUGCUUUUUGUGCAAGAACCUGCACUUGAAUGGGAAGCAGAAGCUGGAGCUUACAGGAACUUGUUGUGGUCAGUGAAUAUUUUGUGCCUCAGAAUGCUGGUUGAUAAUGAAAUUUCAGUGUUGUUGUAUGCAGCCAAUGCAGAUUUAUAAAAAUAAAUUCAUUAAUUAUAUUAAACUGUGUGCCAAAAAUAAUUCUGUCAUGUGACAAUGGCAGAGAUUUUAUUUGCGGCACUUGGUCCAACAGGUCAGCGAGGUCUGCAACAUAAUGUGACCCUGGACCACAAAACCAGUCUUAAAUCGCUGGGGUAUAUUUGUAGCAAUAGACAAAAAAAUAACAUUGUACGGGUCAAAAUUAUUGAUUUUUCUUUUAUGCCAAAAAUCAUUA